CUCCUAUAAUCCACCCACAUAUAUACUUGAGUUCAAUCUCGUAUCAUACACUUUUUUGUCUCACUUGCAAUCAUAGAUGGCACCCAGUUCCAUUGGAACUAGACGAGUAUUGUGUUGUGUUUUUGAAUUUCGUAUUUAAAGUUUGAAUACUUGAUUGUGUAUCACGUUGUGUCAUGUUUUCGAUUUUCGCAUUAAGAGUUUGAAUGCGUGAUUUUGUAGCAGUGAAAACUUAGGAUGAGUUGGGUAGUUCGAUUUUCGUAUUCUCGGUUUCAACAAGCUGCGUGAUUGUGUAGCAGUGAAAACUUUGCAUAGGGAACCAUAGCAAUCAAAGAAAGAGUCAAAAGUCAAAAUCAUGAACAGUGAAAAAGAGGCAGAUUCUAUUAAAUUAUUGACAAAGAUCCUUAACUCCUUGUCUUGGGAUUUCAAAAAUUUUACUCUUGUCCUUCAUCUUUUACCCAUAAACAGUGAAAAAAAACUUGCGGAAUCACGGCAUCAGUAGAAUUCUCCUUUUUUCCAUUUCUUGAGGUCACCUUUUUCAACACAGACAAAAACGUACAACCGUUUUUCUUUAUACUGAUGUUUUUUGCUAUUUUAUUGUAAUUUCUUGUGUAAAAAUCAUGGAUCCCAAGGGCUCAAAACAGCCACAGGAGGUUUCGAGUUUCUUAAAUAACAGCCCCGGGAUGGGCGAGAUUAAGGCCGCAGAGAUGAAAGAUUUUCAGAUUGUGGUUGCAGAGAAAGAAGAAGGGAAAAAGCAGGCACUGGCACCCAAAAGAAGCUCGAAUAAAGAUAGGCACACGAAAGUUGAAGGCAGAGGGAGGAGGAUAAGGAUGCCUGCCCUUUGUGCUGCUAGAAUUUUUCAGCUGACCAGAGAACUGGGACACAAAUCUGAUGGAGAAACUAUACAGUGGCUGUUACAGCAGGCGGAGUCAUCGAUAAUCGCUGCUACAGGGUCAGGGACUAUACCCGCGUCAGCUUUAGCAGCAGCAGGGGUUUCUAUUUCCCAACAGGGGAACUCUAUAUCAGCAGGGAUUCACCAGAAGAUUGACGAAUUCGGUGGGCAUAUGGGGGGGCCAGGUGGGGGUGGGAAUAGGACCAGUUGGCCUAUGGUAAAUUUGGGAAGACCCCAUAUGGCAAGUGCAGGGAUAUGGCCCCCUGCUGUCAGUGGAUUUGGAUUUCAGUCAUCAUCUGGUCCACCGACAGUUAAUCUGGGUAGUGAGGGUUCUAAUUACUUGCAAAAGAUUGGGUUCCCAGGGUUUGACCUGUCAUCAAGCAAUAUUGGGCCAAUGAGUUUUACCUCAAUUAUGGGUGCUAGUACUAACCAGCAGCUUCCAGGGUUGGAGCUUGGUCUAUCACAAGAUGGUCAUAUUGGGGUUUUGAAUCCUCAGGCAAUGAGCCAGCUUUACCAGCAGAUGGGACAGUCUAGGAUGCACCCUCAACAGCAGCAGCAGCAAGCAUCUCCCAAGGAUGACUCUCAAGGAUCGGGACAGUAGAUUGGUUCUUAAACACAUUCGAGUUGCAAAAAGCACAAAAGAAGAAGAAGAAGAAGAUAUUGCCUCGCGGAGAAGAUGGAUUUUGUGGAUGAUUGGUUCCAGUUAUUGUCUAAUUACUGAAAAACAUAGGUAUCCAAGAAUUCUGCCGGGCUGACAGCUUCUUCCGACUCUCUAAAUACAGUCUGGUGUAGAUGACUCGAGUCAACUGGUUUGUCUGAUCUGUUUACUCUGCUGAGGGACCUUAGCAUUAGUUGUAGUUGUUCCAUUGUACUUGAAGUAUAUAUGCAACUAGAAAGAUUUCAGUUUCAUCUCAUUUUCUAGAUGACCGGAAAGGGCAGGAAGCACAUUCAUCUCAUUUACCUUUUUACACGAUGGUCGACCGACUGACCACUUCAUGUAUAGACAAGUAGGUUCAACCAGCAUGAAUGAGAGGACAGAGAAAAAGUGUAUAAUAUCAGGUGGUUCGUCUAAAAACAUCCUAGGCAGCCAUGUUAAUGCAAUUAGGCCAAACCCAAAAGUGGGAAACAGAGCAAACUGCAAAAACAACUAAAUCUGAAGCUGAAGAAAGAGGAAAGA